GCGGCUGGAAGGGAGGCAGGGCAGCGGCGGGAGGCAGGAGCGCGGCGAGCGCAGGCGGCAGAGAAUGGCGGUGAGGCGGCGGCAGAGGCGCGGGCCGGGCGGCGGGCGAGCGCUGCUGGCCGCGCUGCUGCUGUGCGUGUGGUGCCGGGCGGCGGCCGAGCGGGUCCGCUACGCCAUCCCCGAGGAGCUGGGCAGAGGCUCGCUCGUGGGGCCGCUGGCGCGGGACCUGGGGCUCAGCGCGGACGAGCUGCCGGCGCGCAAGCUGUGGCUGAGCGAGGAGAAGCAAUUCUUCACGGUGAAUGAGGAGAACGGGAACCUGUACGUGAACGAGAGGCUGGACCGGGAGGAGAUGUGCGGCGAGUCGGCGACCUGUUCUGUCAGCUUCGAGGUGCUGGUGCACAACCCGCUGAACAUUUUCCACGUCGAAGUGGACAUCCAGGACGUGAAUGACAACUCCCCGGCCUUCAGGAAGGCUGUUCUGGACCUCGAGAUUGGUGAAUGGAUUCCUCCCGGUACUCGUUUUCCACUGGAGGUGGCCCAUGAUGCAGACGUGGGCAGCAACUCGCUGCUAACUUACCAACUAACCAGUAACCCGUCCUUCUCUCUGGCCAUGAAGGAGAGCCCGGAUGGAAGCAAGCCGGAAAUAAUUCUGGAGAGAGCACUGGACCGAGAGAAGCAGAGCUCAUUUGAGUUGGUGCUGACGGCAGUUGAUGCCGGGGACCCCGUGAAGUCCGGGACUGUCCAGAUUCGGGUCAACGUGACGGACGCCAACGACAACCCACCCAUAUUCGAGCAGGACCGGUACCGCGUGAGCCUGAGAGAGGACGUGCCACCAGGUUCGGCAGUACUGAACCUAUCAGCCUCAGAUGCCGACGCCGGCACCAACGCCCACAUCACCUACGGCUUCGGGGAAAUGACAAUCAAGGCACUUCCGAAGUUCAAGAUCGAUGCAGAGAGCGGGUCUAUCACGCUGCAGGAAGCACUGGACUUUGAGGAGAUGAGUGCGUAUAGCCUGGCUGUGGAGGCAAAGGACGGAGGGGGUUUGGUGGCACACUGCAAGGUGGAGGUGGAGGUGCAGGAUGUAAAUGACAACCCACCUGAGAUCACGAUUCUUUCGCUUUCGAGCCCGGUGCCUGAGGACGCUCUGGUGGGUACCGUGGUGGCCCUGCUGAAAGUGAGGGACAGAGACUCGGGAGAGAACGGUCAGGUAUCGUGCGAGCUGUCGGGAGAGGCGCCGCUGUCGAUCGUGGCGUCCUCGGGCGGCUCGUACAAGGUGGUGACGGCGGGCGCGCUGGACCGAGAGCAGGCGUCCGAGCAUCGCGUGACGGUGGUGGCCCGGGACCGGGGCAGGCCGGCGCUGUGGAGCAGCAGGGAGCUGGUGCUGGAGGUGUCGGACGUGAACGACAACGCGCCGGUGUUCGAGGAGGCGGCGUACAGCGCGUACGUGGCGGAGAACAACGCGGCGGGCGCGCUGGUGCUGCGCGUGCAGGCGCGGGACGCGGACGCGGGCGCCAACGGGCGCGUGAGCUACUGGCUGGCGGGCGGCAGCGCGGGCGCGGCGGGCGCGGCGCCGCUCGUGUCGGUGGAGGCGCGGAGCGGCGCGCUGUACGCGCAGCGCUCCUUGGACUACGAGCAGUGCCGCGAGUUCACGGUGGCGGUGCGGGCGCAGGACGGCGGCUCGCCGGCGCGCAGCUCCACGGCCACGGUGCGCGUCUUCGUGCUGGACCGCAACGACAACGCGCCGCGGGUGCUGUGGCCGGCGGCGGCGGCGGCGGCGGCGGGAGAGGCUGCGGGAGGGGCGGCGGCUCCUUUCGAGGUGGUGCCGCGUUCUGCCGAGGCCGGCUACCUGGUGGCCAAGGUGGUGGCGGUGGACGCGGACGCGGGGCGCAACGCGUGGCUGUCGUACGAGCUGGUGCAGGCGUCGGAGCCGGCGCUGUUCCGCGUGGGGCUGCACAGCGGCGAGGUGCGCACGGCGCGCGCCGUGUCCGAGCGGGACGCGGCCAAGCAGCGGGUGGUGGCCGUGGUGAAGGACCACGGGCAGCCGGCGCUGUCGGCCACGGCCACGCUGCACGUGGUGCUGGCCGAGAGCUUGCAGGAGGCGCUGCCGGAGCUGAGCGAGCGGGCGGCGGGCGCCGAGGCGGCGGCGGCGGCGGCCGAGCUGCAGUUCUACCUGGUGCUGGCGCUGGCGCUGCUGUCGGCGCUCUUGGUGCUGAGCGUGGCGCUGGCCGUGCUGGCGCGGCUGCGGCGGGCCGGGCCGCCCGCCGUGCUGCGCUGCCUGGGCGCGCAGCGCUUCUCGGUGGCCGGCGCCGCCUUCCCGGCCGACUUCUGCGAGGGCACCUUGCCCUACUCCUACAACCUGUGCGUGGCGGCGCCGGCCCGCGCCGUGCCCGAGGCCGCUUGGCCGCCGCCGCCGCCGGUGCCCGUCCUGUCGGCGGAGGAGCUGCUGAGUGGGGAGCCCUUGGAGAAGCAGAUCUCGAGUAGUAACGCCGCCGAGGGAGAGCUGCCUGCCAAUCCCGACGCGCGGCAGGUCUGUAAAACCUGUUGUGGUGCCGCUGCGGAGAUGGGCGCGGCGGGGAGGCGCUGGGGCCGGCGGCAGCGAGCUCUGCUCUGGGCCGUCCUGCUGGCAGCGUGGGAGGCGGCGUGGGGGCAGCUGCGCUACUCCGUGCCCGAGGAGAUGCCCAAGGGCUCGUUCGUGGGCGACGUGGCCAAGGACCUGGGGCUGCAGCUGCCGACGAUCCGCGAUAAUGCCGUUCGUGUUGUCUCCAAGGGUAGGACGCAGUAUUUCGCUGUGCACGGGAAGACGGGACAUUUAGUGACAGCGGAGAGGAUUGACAGAGAGCAGCUGUGCGAGCGUGUGCAGCAAUGCGUGCUGCGCUGUGAGCUGAUAGUGGAGGGGGAAAUGAGGUUUUAUGAAAUAGAAGUGGAAAUCACAGACAUUAAUGACAACGAGCCCAGCUUCAGAGAGACGGAAAAAGAAUUAAGAGUGAACGAGAUGACAGCCCCGGGGUGGCGAUUUCCCCUCCGAGAGGCACAAGACCCAGAUUCGGGCCAGAAUUCCCUGCAGAGCUACGAGCUGAGCGGUGACGAGCACUUCUCGCUGGCCGUGCAGGCGGGCCCCGGCGGCGAUCAGCGUCCCGAGCUGGUGCUGGCGAAGGCGCUGGACCGGGAGGAGGCGGCGUUUCACGAGCUGGUGCUGAGGGCGAUGGACGGCGGCGAUCCGGCACGGACGGGCACGGCUCGGAUCCGCGUGACGGUGCUGGACGCGAACGACAACGCGCCCGUGUUCAGCCAGGCGGAGUACACGGUGCGUGUGCCCGAGGACGUGCCCGUGGGCUCCGUCCUCCUCACUGUCACAGCCACCGACGAUGACGAGGGUCUGAACGGGCAGGUGAAAUACAGCUUCCAUAAAAUUUCAGACCGGGCGUCCGAACUUUUCCACCUGGACUAUGAGUCGGGAAAAAUAACAGUUAAAAAUGCUUUGGACUUCGAGGAAAUCUCCUCCCAUGAACUUGAGAUUCAGGCACAUGACGGAGGAGAGCUUUUUGACACAGUUAAAGUUAUUAUCACAGUGACAGAUGUCAACGACAAUGCACCCGAGAUUUCGGUGCAAUCAGCACUGAGCGCGAUUUCCGAAGACUCCCCGUCGGGGACGGUGGUGGCCCUGUUGCACGUCCAGGAUCUGGACUCAGGGUCCAACGGCGAGAUGCGCUGCUCGCUGGAUGGGGAUGUCCCGUUCCGGCUGCAGAGCUCUCACGGCAGCUACUACAGCGUGGUGACAGCGAGAGAGCUGGACCGGGAGCAGGUGUCGGAGUACAACGUGACGGUGCUGGCGGCCGACGGCGGGUCGCCGCCGCUGCAAAGCAGCGCGGUGCUGGCGCUGCGGGUGCUGGACGUGAACGACAACGCGCCGGUGUUCGCGGAGGAGCGCUACAGCGCGCGGCUGGCGGAGAACAACGCGGCGGGCGCGCUGGUGCUGACGGUGCGCGCCACGGACGCGGACUGGGGGCAGAACGCGCGCGUGCGCUACCGGCUGGCGGAGGGGCGGGUGCGGGGCGCGCCGCUGUCGUCGUACGUGUCGGUGCAGGCGGAGACGGGCGCGCUGUACGCGCUGCGCUCCUUCGACUACGAGCAGCUGCGCGAGCUGCAGCUGUGGGUGCGUGCGGAGGACGGCGGCGCGCCGGCGCUGAGCAGCAACGUGUCGGUGCGGCUGCUGAUCGUGGACGAGAACGACAACGCGCCGCAGGUGCUGUACCCGCCACAGGCGGCGGCGGCGGCGGCGGCGGGCUCGGGCGCCGUGUGGUCGGGCGUGGAGCUGGCGCCGCGCUGGUCGGAGGCCGGCGCGCUGGUGGCCAAGGUGGUGGCGGUGGACGCGGACGCGGGGCAGAACGCGUGGCUGUCGUACGAGCUGGCCAAGGCCACGGAGCCGGGGCUGUUCCGCGUGGGGCUGCACAGCGGCGAGGUGCGCACGGCGCGCUCGCCGCUGGCCCGCGACGCGGCGCGCCAGAGCCUGGUGGUGCUGGUGAAGGACCACGGGCGGCCGGCGCUGUCGGCCACGGCCACGCUGAGCGUGGUGCUGGCCGAGAGCGUGGCCGAGCUGCUGGCCGAGCUGGGCAGCGCGGCCGACGAGGCGGCGGCGCCGGGCGAGCCGGCCGCCGGCCUGACGCGCUGGCUGGUGCUGGCCGUGGCCGCCGUGUCGUGCCUCUUCGUGGCCUUCCUGCUGCUGCUGCUGGCGCUGCGCCUGCGCCGCUGGCGCCGCCAGCAGCUGCUGCCGGCGGACAGCGGCGCCCUGCGCGGCGUGCCCGUGUCGCACUUCGUGGGCAUCGACGGCGUGCGCGCCUUCCUGCAGUCCUACUCGCACGAGGUGUCGCUCACGGCCGACUCGCGCAAGAGCCAGCUGCGCUUCUCGGCCGGCAGCUGCUGCGACACCCUCCCGGCCCGGCCGCCGCCCGACGAGCCCGCGCCGCUGCUCGGGGACGACGAUCUUGCCGGCGCUCGUCCCGUGGAUUCUGCCUCAGUCCCGCAAGAGUUUCUGCUCUGGCUGUUUGCAAUCGGGGAGAGCCCCCGGGGCCGGUGCAGGCGCCGAGCCCCGCCCAAAGCCGGGCCCCCUUGA